AUGGCGAGUCAAGCCAUUGUCGCGAUGCGCGUAUGCGCGCCUCCCGCCCUUGCGCCCUACAUGGGCGCGCGGUGGCGGAAGGCCCCCAAUACUCCGCAGUUCAGCUCCGCCUUCGUCGUUCCCAUGCGGCCGAAGCGCGUAACGCUGAGCUUUAGGCGCAACUGCCGUCGCCCGAUCUCCGCCAUCUUCCGCGCUCAGCGCGCGGGCGAGACGCGCGCGGGCGCGCGGUCGUGGAUGGAGCGGAUGGCGAAGGCGGCGGAAGAGAUGGCGCGAGGCGCGGAGCGCGCGUCGAAGGAAAUGGCGAAGGUGGCCGCAGCGACCCUGGAGAACCACAACAAGGCCAUUGAAGCCGCGUCGCCGCUCUUGUCGCAGAUCGCGAGUCUCAUCCCGCACGCGCCUGGUGCCUCCGCCAGCGGAUCGUCCGCCGCUUCCGCCGCCUCCCCGCGCGCAGCAGCUCCGCAGCAGCUGGCGGAAGAUCACCUGCGGGAGGUGUCGGAUGACGUGGUAGCCCACGUCAGCAUCAAGCCUGCCAACGUGGCGCCGAUGACGUCAUCAUUCACAUCCCCGUCAUUGGGCGACGAUGAUUCCGCUUCUGCUCCUGCUCCUGCGGCGGCUAUCGCGGAUCCUACCUCAGUCCCAUUGGAAAUGCGCAAGGCGGGCGCGCACGUGCUGGAGGGGCGGGAGGAGCGCGGCGCAAUGCGCGCGGAGUUGCGGGCGCUGGAGGCGCGCAUGGACGCGGCGUCCGCGGCGGUGGAGGCCGCCAAGAGCCGCCGGGGGGAGCUGCUCCACGCGCACCCGGAGCUGCGCCAACGUGUGACGGACGUGGUUGAGGGGAAAGUCACCCCACGUGCCGUCACCCCCACCCCCACGGCUGUAGCGCCGUCCUCUCCGUCUAACGCGCCGUCUAACGCUCCUGGCGGUUCAGACGCGGAGGCGGAGGCGCAGGAGGAGUGGGAGGAGGCGGAGGAGGAGCAGGCGCUGGCGCAGGGGGGCGCGCAGGGGGGCGCGCAGCAGGGGGGGGUGGCGGGGUCGGUGCAGGCGCUGCGGGCGGGGCGGCUGCGGCAGAGAGAGCGGCUGCAGCGACCAGGCGUGGAGAGAAGGAGACAGCACGCCGCUCAGGUGCGUCUGUCAGUGCUCCGCUCGCUGGCAGAACGUCACGGUGUGCUGGCGCAGAGCACAGUCGCGCAGACCGCAACUGGACAGGCGGUAACUGCACGGGAGGGCGAACCAGUGCAGGUCGCAAGGGAGGAGCAGCAGCAGCAGCCGCAGCAGCAGCCGCAGCAGGUGUUGCCUGUGGUGAUGGACACAGCAGCUCUCUCGCCUGUGGAGCUAGAACUGGUCAAGGCGGAGGAGUCAUGGGACAAGUAUUUGGAAGCAGUUGCGUGGACCAAGGCGCGCCUGCACUCCCUGCGCUCGUCCGCGCCCUCCCCCUCCGCCGCCGCCCUUCUCAGCAUGGAGGCGCAGCUCGUCUCCUCACUGGCGUUCGCGGAGCAGCGCGCGGAUGAGGAGGCUGCGCGCGUGGCGCAGCUGUGCGCACGCGUGGGCGCGGACGCGGGGGAGAGGAGGCGCAGCAGGGAGGAGGGGCUGCGGAGGGCCGCGGAGGCAGGGGCAAAGAUGGGGAAAGGCGCGGAGGGGGGCCCGGGAAACGGGGGGAGGGGGGAGCGGGAGGGGGAUGAGGGGAAGAGGGUGAUGAGUGGAGGUGGUGGCAGUGGUGGUGGCAAUGGUGGUGGCAGCAGCAGUGGGGGGUCGAUGGCAGGGAUUGGCGACAUGAUGAGUAAGCUCGCCAACAUCCAGAAGACACUUGAAACAAUGGCCGCCUCUUCUCCCUCUGCCACAAUCAAGGCCGCCCUCCCCUCGCUCUCCCCCGUCUCUGCCUCCUCCGCUUCAGCCCCCUCCCUCUCCCCCAUCUCCUCCUCCUCCAUCUCCUCUUCCCCCUCCCUCUCCCCAUCCUCCUCACCAUCCCCUGCCGUCGCCUCCCUCUCCUCCUCCUCUAACACUCUCUCUGCCUUUCUCGCUUCACUAAAGUCCCCUCGCUCCCGCCCCUCUCGCACCGCCACCCCUGCCCCUGCCAUCGCCGCUGCAACCGGCACUGCUGUAGCGUCAGCACCUGUUCGCUCCACAGUAACAGUCGCAGCAGAAGCAGCAGCGGGAACAGCAGCAGCAACCGCAGCACCAUCUGCUUAUAACACGAAGUUUGUAGGCAGGAGGGCGGCAGGCGGGCGACCUCGUUCGGCAGAGGAGCGAGAGAAUUACCUCAAGGUGUACGCGCGGGCUCUCUUCCCGUCGUACGUUGACACGUCAGCGUCGCCAGCUCAGCAGCAGCACGGAGUGGACGGAUUGGUCAGGGAGCUCGUCCUACAUGGCGCCAGCGAAGACUGGGCCCGAGGCUACAUCGCCGAAGCUCUGCUCCGGCCGAACCUGACUGCACCCAAGCCUCUUGCUGUUGUCAUGGCAUCCGGGCCUCCUUCUCCCUGUGCUUCUGCUUCACACCACGAGUGUUCACAACACGAGUUGCAGCAGUACGCGCAGGCCAUCCGCAGUGCCUAUGUGGACGCGUCCAUGACUGCCUCGGAGCGCGAGGCCGGCACAAGCCUCUUUGUUGAGGAGCUCGUGGCGAUGGGCGGCAAGGAGGUGGAGCAGUGGGCGAGGUCAUUUGUGGCGCAGUCGCUGGCUUCAGAAGUGCGCAAGCGCAAAGUCGUGCGCGCUUAG